AUGCCCGGUACCGAUGUCGACCCUCUUGGACAAGCUGCUGAAGCAGACAGGAAUUUAGCACCAGCUGCCGUUGGGUUCCAAUUUCUUAUCAUGGCUGCCGCGUCGAUUGCGACACUCAUCACGUUCAAUGUUAUACGGUCCAAACACAAGCGUAUCUAUCAGCCGAAAGUCAAGUAUCACGUUGGGGAUAAACCACCCCCUCGCAUAUCGGACUCCUUCUUUGGCUGGAUCCCACCGCUCAUCCAUACCAAAGAGCCCGAGCUUAUAAAAACGAUCGGACUCGAUGGUGUCGCUUUUCUUCGAUUCCUCAGUCUCCUGCGUACCCUCUUCAGUGGAAUCGGCAUCUUAGCUUGUGGGGUCCUCAUCCCAGUCAACGUGAUUUAUAAUCGCAGCGAUAAGGUGGACUCUCGGCAGACAGAUAUACUCAGUAUCCUCACCAUCCGUGACGUGAAAGGCAACAGCCUCUACGCAGCCGUCGCCGUCAGCUAUCUCAUCACAGCGCUUGUCAUCGCACUGGUGUACAUUUAUUGGCGCAGCAUGCUACGACUUCGCAAGGAGUGGUUCCGCUCUCCAGAGUACACGAAUUCCUUUUACGCGCGCACUUUGAGCAUCACCCACGUUCCCAAAAAGCUACAGUCGGAUGCCGGAAUAAAAAAUAUCCUAAAUACCGUCAAGAUGCCAUACCCCGCAACCGCAGUGCACAUCAGUCGACAAGUCGGGGUUCUCCCGGACUUGAUCAAGUACCACAACCAGACUGUGCGGGAAUUGGAAACGAUUUUGGUCAAGUAUCUCAAGGAUGGCAAAGUGGGAGCGAAGCGACCAACCAUACGAGUUGGUGGGUGCUGUGGUAUUGGUGGUGUCAGAAAGGAUGCGAUAGAGUUUUAUACCACGAAACUCAAGCGCACGGAGGCUGCCGUAGAGGCCUAUCGCUCCGGCACCGAUACCAGGAAACCGGAAAAGUACGGCUUCGCUUCCUUGGCUGCGGUCCCGUAUGCCCACUUUGCUGCGAGGAAGUUGGAUGGCAAACAUCCUAAAGGAACAACCAUAACUUUGGCACCAGACCCUAAGGAUAUCAUCUGCGAAAACAUGAAUAGGACCGAUUCUGCUUUAGCACGAAGAAAGUUUAUCGGGUUUCUGUGGAUGGGGGUGAUCUGUUUUCUCAGUCUGAUUCCUGUUUUCUUUGUCUCUGCUUUGGCCAACUUGGACGCCGUCUCAGCAACGGGCUAUAUUCCUUUUCUACGGUCAUGGUCAUUGAAUUCGAAGGUCUCUUUCGCCUUCGUAUCUGGUGUUCUUCCUCCAAUGGUAGCCGGCAUUUUCUCGUUCUUCCUGCCAAAGAUCAUGCGGUGGCUGUCGCAAUACAUGGGUGGUCUUACGCAUGCUCGACUCGACAGGGCUGUCGUUGCUCGCUACUUUGCAUUCACCGUAAUCAGCCAGUUGAUCAUAUUCACCUUGAUUGGUGUCGCCUUCAGCAAGUAUUGCGAGCUAUGUUCGGUCUCCCAAAUCGUUGCUCUUAUUGGGGAUCAUGCUAGCGCGAAAGAGAUUUUCCAAAAUUUGAACAAACUUCCCAACAAAAUCAGUGAAACCUAUAUCAAUCAAUCGUCAUACUGGCUUCAGUACUUCUUUCUCCGGUACUUCACCGUCUUGAUAUUUGAUUUAGCCCAAGCCCUGAAUUUUGUAUGGAUCUCGUUCAAGACUCAGUAUGGUCACUUUCUACUCCUUGCAAAUGUGCGCGCGCCUCAUUUCCUUCGGUGUAGUGUCUUCGGUCGUACUCCUCGUGACAUUCGGGAGUGGACUCAACCUCCUGAAUUCGAGUAUGCAUUGUACUACGCUAACCUGCUGUUCUUGGUGUCUGUUGCCUUCCUGUUUGCCCCUCUGGUCCCACUUGUUCCGCUGGCUGCAGCCGUCGUCUUUUGGUUGAGCUCGUGGGUGCACAAAUACCAGCUGAUGUAUGUUUAUGUCACAAAAGUGGAAACUGGAGGCCGUCUUUGGAAUGUAGUGAUUAACCGACUUCUGUUUAGUGUCGUGAUGAUGCAAGCCCUCCUUGUGUUAACAAUCGGCCUCCAAUACAAGUUCAAAUCCUUCCAGUGGUUAUCCACGAUUCCGCCAAUCUUCAUCAUCAUCGUGUUCAAGUGGUAUUUGAUCUACAAAUUCGACAACGCAUUCCGUUAUUAUGCGCCCACACAGGAAGAUCUGAGAAACACAAAAGUGCAUUCCAGUAGAGGGGACAUCAAGGGACAUCGAUUGCAGCAUCGAUAUGGUCAUCCAGCGCUGACUGCAGAACUAUUCACACCUAUGGUGCACGCAAAGAUGAUGCCACUUUUGAAGGAGGUAUACAAGGGAAAGGUCACUUUGGCUGACACGACUGCCAAACUCAAUGAAUAUGGCGGUCAAAAUGUCCAAGCCCAAGUCUUUGAGGGCAUUAAGAUUGCUGCUGUAGCCAAGGAGGACUUGGAAUACGAUCCUGACCUUUACCGACGAUCUCGCACGAACGCAGGGUGGGAUGGCAGGUCCAUGACUACGGCCACUAUGCUGAGCACCAGCUACGCCCCAUCAAUACAGAGUUCUUCGUAUAACACUGAGCGAACGUCAACACUCAGUUCGCCGGGCCAAAUGUCUGAGUACUCUUCGUACUCGUGGAGCCCCGAGUUUCCAUCUUCCCCUGCAGCAGGACCUUCAUCUGACUGCUUCAAUCAGCGACCACAGUACACAUCGAUGUACUCUAAUGCGACAUCGAUUACACAGGUUAUGGAACAGGCGAGAUUUGCUGAUCCAAAUGCGCUUCAGCCAACGAGCAGUAUCAACAUGCCAUCACCUCAUGGACAAUGGGUUUCGUCGCCUGAUCCGUACACUUCGAUUGACCAGCAAGUGUCGCCUUCCCAUUCCCAGGCGGCUUUUGAUCCUUACAGUCUCCGAUCUCAACGGUAA